AUGCAGAACAAGCCAACGAGACUCUUUUCUGGUGGCUGGAGAAUGCGCAUAUCCCUUGCAAGGGCACUAUUCCUGCAGCCGAAGUUGCUCAUGCUGGACGAGCCUACAAAUCAUCUAGAUCUGAAUGCCGUGAUUUGGCUUGACGAUUACUUACAGGCCUUACAGAGCACGCUUCUGAUUGUGAGCCACGACCAAGCUUUUUUGAAUGGCGUCUGUCAAGAGAUUCUCCAUAUCGAAGACAAAAAGCUCCUUUCCUACAAGGGAAAUUAUGAUACUUUCAAGAGGGAACAGACGCUCAAGUUCCAGAAGCUGUCGAAAGCCUGGAACGCCCAGCGGAAACAAGGGAGCAAAACUAAGGGCGGCGGAGCGGAGCUCGUCAAGCGUCCCAGAGACUACAGAGUGUAUCUGGAAUUCGCAGAUGUCCCAAGUCUCCGUGGGAGCGUUUUGGACGUGACGAGAGCGAGCUUCCGAUAUUCCGGUGUCGACCCGAUUAUAUUCCGUGACAUUGACUUCAGUAUUGGAAUGGAAAGUAGGAUAUGCGUUGCUGGCCUCAACGGGACAGGCAAAUCGACUCUGAUUAAGAUGUUAACAGGACAGGUCGUGGCAUCAAAGGGCGAGGUAAGGAGGAAUCCCAGGCUUCGGCUCGGCACUUUCAAUCAGCACGCAUCCGAUGUUCUCCCUGGCCACAAGACCCCAACGGAGUUUCUGCGCGAAAGACACAAAGAAGAGGGCUACCAGGACGUAUGCAAGAUUCUGGGCACAUUCGGGCUGGGGCGACACGCACAUGAAAUCCCCAUACGGGAUCUUAGUGGUGGUCAAAAGGCUCGGGUAGUCUUUGCGGACCUCACCCUAGAGGCACCCCACAUCUUGCUGCUUGAUGAACCCACCAACAACUUGGAUUUGGAAACUAUCGACGCUCUUGUGGAAGCCAUCAACGCGUUUAACGGAGGCCUGGUUGUGGUCACCCACGACCAGAGGUUGAUUGAUGCUUGCAACUGUGAGCUCUGGGUGGUGGGAAACCAGAAGGUUGAAAAGUGGAAGGGUAACUUUGAGGACUACAAAGCUAUGAUGCUUUCGAGCAUGAAAUUGGAAGCGCUUAAGCAAGAGGAAGCGCAUCGGAAGAAGCAAGAAUCGAAGGCUGCAGAGAGAGCGAAAAAACUCAAGGGAUGGAGAAGAAAGGAUAGCGCAAGGAUUGAUUGCGAUGACUGA